CAUUUAGAUCAUAGAAACUGCCCAGGAGACUUAGAAAGGAGCCGUACUGUCCUUCUUCUAGAGAUGGUCAAACAAUAGAGGAAAAGAAGAAGCAGGAAAUUUGGUAUCAUCCUAUAUCAUUUUAUUUCAUAAACUGGACUCUGUGACAUCCUCUCCAAUAUGUCUCCAAUCUGUUUGCUCCCGGUGGUGGCUACUGGGCUAGUGUUUAUCCUGCAUUUUGCAAAAUCAGAUGAUGUUAUGUGCUAUGAAGCUGUGAAUGAGAACACCGGUGAAUGCGAGGAGUAUCUUGGAGAUGGUGUGUCAAAGGAAGAUUGCUGCCUGAAUAGAAAAUAUGGCUUCAGGAGAGAGGCUCAUGAUCAGUGCCAGUCCUGCCGCUCAGCAGAGUGGACAGAUUGGGGUAGCUGGAGCCUGUGUUCUGUGUCCUGUGAGGAAGGAGUGCAUACAAGAAGAAGGACCUGCCUUGGACAGGGAAACUGCACGGGAAACAGCGUGGAAGUCAAAACCUGCAUGAUGCGAGAGUGCUGUCCUGAAAAUGGAGGUUGGUCUAUCUGGUCUUUGUGGUCACCGUGUUCAGCAACUUGCAAGACUGGACAAACACAGAGAACUCGCCAGUGCAACAACCCUCGUCCGAUCUGUGGAGGGAGGUGUAAUGGACUUCAAAAGGAGGUGGAUAUAUGCGAAACCUACCUCUCCUGUCCCAUUCAUGGUCAGUGGGGGAAUUGGGGCCCCUGGCAAGGAUGUUCCUCCACUUGUAAAACCGAAUCGGGAACUCCACCAAUUCAGAAACGUUUUCGCCUAUGCAACAAUCCAGAGCCAUCUCACAGCCCUCCUGGAAACCAAUGUGACGGAAAUGUUGGAGAGAAUCGUGUCUGUGACAACCUUCCCUUCUGUGCAGUGGAUGGAGAAUGGGGAGCUUGGAGGAGAGACUCAGAGUGUUCGGUCACCUGUGCCGUUGGAAGAGUGAAAGAAAAGAGGUUCUGUGAUAGCCCAUCGCCUCGUUAUGGGGGAAGAUAUUGUGAAGGUUCCAACACAAGGAACACUAUCUGUAACACAAAAGUGCCAUGUCCUGUUGAUGGACAGUGGACAGAGUGGGGAAGUUGGUCGAAAUGUUCUCGUCUGGAAAAUGACCUGAUUAGAUGCAGGCCCAGAGUGGGAACGCAAGCGAGAAAGAGGAAGUGUGAUGGUACGAGCCCGGAUGGGAAGUGGUGUGAAGGGGACUACAGGCAAAGUCGCACUUGCUAUGAUAUUGAUAAAUGCAUGUUAAAUGGUACUUGGUCUGAAUGGUCUUCUUGGGGACUUUGCUCUUCUUCAUGUGGACGGGCUGAAAGAACAAGACAUAGGGAGUGUCUGGGAGUAUAUCCAGAUUACCCAAAUCUAGUGGAAGGAGCCAUAGCAAUAACUGAAGUCUUCUUUUCGGGAACUCCCAGAGUAUCCUGUGACUCAAUCGAUGGGGAAACAAAGAGACUGGAGGAGAGAGUGGAGUGCAAGAACCUUCCUCCCUGUACAUAAAUGGCUUUUUCUUUGUGGCUGGUUGAGGAUGAUUGUAAAGCACCAAGAGGAACUUGUAGUCCUUUUCAGUAAAAA